UCUACAUUCCGCGAAGGAUAUUUUUGAGGAAGCGAGAAACCGGGUCAUAAAAUGUGUGAAAAUGUGUGGUAGUUGCUCGUUAAUUUCGGGAUAGAACCGUCGUUUUAGUUUGCAGGCGUAGUUUGGGUGAAUAUAAACGCAGUUUACGCUGUGGUCGGACGUGCUGUGAGAGGAAAGGAGGCUUCGACUCUUGUCAGGAUGCAUCCCAAGGCACUUCUGUUUGUUCUAGCAGCCUGUUAUCAAUCAGUCAUCUCUGUAAAUACAGGAAAUGGAACACAGAAAGACUUUUCACCACUACUGCUUGUAUCAUUUGAUGGCUUCCGUGCAGACUAUCUGAACAGCUACACUUUUCCCCAUCUGCACAAAUUCUUUUCAGAUGGGGUACUUGUUGAUCAAGUCACCAAUGUCUUUAUUACUAAAACUUUUCCAAAUCAUUACAGUCUUGCUACUGGACUAUAUGCGGAAAGCCAUGGUAUUCUGGCCAGUCACAUGUACGACCCAUUAACAAAGAAGGAUUUCACUCUUCACAAUGAUAGUGAUCCUUUCUGGUGGAACGAAGCAACGCCAAUUUGGGUGUCUGUGCAGGAAUCUGGUUAUAAAUCUGUUGCUGCUAUGUGGCCAGGAACGGACGUGAUGAUUCAAAACCGUACCCCAACACACUUCAUGAAGUAUAAUGGAAAGGUGAGCUUCAGGGAGAGACUGGGAAAUGUAACAAAAUGGCUAAGUGAAGACGACUCUGUCAAGUUUGCAGCUCUGUACUGGGAGGAGCCUGACUAUACUGGACACACCUAUGGGCCAGACAACACCACAGAAAUGGCCAAGGCACUGAAAAAGGUGGAUGAUGAUGUAGGUUUGUUGAUGGAGCAGCUCAACCAGACAGGGCUCUGGGGAAAGAUUAAUGUGAUUAUUACGAGUGACCAUGGCAUGGUUCAGUGCUCCCAAGGUAGACUUAUUCAGUUGGACCAGUGUGUCAACCGCAGCAGCUACAUUGUGGUGGACCUCACUCCAGUGGCUGCCAUCAUCCCUCUCAUUGAACCCUCAGAUUUAUACAAAAAGCUUAGCAACUGCAAUACUCACAUGAAGGCUUACAUGAAAGAUGCAAUACCUGACAGACUACAUUAUAAAAACAACGAGAGGAUUCAGCCAAUUAUCUUGGUGGCUGACGAAGGUUGGACGAUUGUCCAGCAAGGUGGCCUCCCACGAUUAGGCGAUCAUGGCUAUGAUAACUCCCUCCGCAGUAUGCACCCCUUCUUGGCAGCUCAUGGCCCUGCCUUUCGUAAAGGCUAUCGGAAGGAGAGCAUCAACUCCGUGGACCUCUACCCCCUCAUGUGUCACAUUUUGGGCAUCCCUGAGAAACCAAACAACGGCAGCUUCGCACACACACGCUGCAUGCUGGUCACUGAGAAAUGCACAGACCUGGCUGUAGUGGUGGGCAUCGUGAUCGGAGUUUUCAUAGUGCUCACUACCAUCACCUUCCUCUUCAGGCUGAUGAAGAACAGAGAGCCAUCAUCAUCACGACCAUUUGCUCGCUUGGAGCUGCAGGAGGAUGAUGAUGAUGACCCAUUGCUUGAUUGAGCUGCUAAGUGUAUUAUGAUAGAGGCAUGCACUCUCUUGGAUGGACGGCGUUUAGCUUUGUUCAGGCACACACAAGAUGCUUGCCAAAGAAAUGAAAACUCAGACAAGACAAUCACGCAUAUUUUAGGAAGAGAUGAAACAAAUGAUCUCUCAUAGUGGAGGGUUCUGCUUUUUAGCUUUAUUUGUGAAAAAUGUAAAACGGCUUCCAAUUCCUUAUCUAUGCAUAGUACAAGUUGGCCUUUUACUAACGAAAUAAUUAUAAAAAUUAAUUUAAUCAUUAUAUAAUAUCCAGGUAAAACCAGUUAUAAUUGACAGUUUUGUUUUUCUGAUAAAGAUACAUAAAAAGGGUAGUAAAGGUAUGUUAAGAUGCUUGUAAUGAUGCUGGUUUUUGUUUCCUUGUUUUGUUUUUCUAUUAUAUUGUGUUGGCUGCUCAGUAUUUUCAGUGGAUAUGCAGCAAUAUGGCAUGAAAUUAGGGUUACAAAUUUUGGCUAAUUACUUGAUUAUCCGAGCAUCAUCAGUCGAUGCGUUAUUGUUAACUGCCCGGCCUGAAAUCAAAGAUGCACCUGCUCAGAAUAUCAAAUCUAAAGCUGAUCAUUCAGGUUCUGAAAUCUGAUUGACUGAGCUGUGUUCAAAGCCAUUAUAAAAUAUUUAAUAUGGAUACACUUAAAAGGACACACAUCAAUUGAAUUCUGUAUUAAGUGUUCCUUGUAUGAACUGUGGAAUGUGCUGAUAGGUGGGGUCAGGCGUAAGCAUGUAUAUGCAGUAAUAUUUUAAACCCUAUUAAGCAAACUGUAUAUAAGAACUCAGUUUUGUUUUGACAACUAUAUGUUCAUAAUUAUGACACAACUAAUGUUGAAAAAUGGUAGCUUUCUGUAUUCUAAAGUUAUAUUUGCUACUCAAGCUAACUUACUAGCUAAAGUUAAAACACACAUAAUUUCCAUGAGCAGGGCCAGCUUUCACUCAGUGUGCCUCAGUAGCUCUCGAAAGCCAUCGCUGUUCACCACAACCUUCUCUGUAAUUUUACACUUUCUCUCUGAGAACAUGAACAAAAUAGUUGUCUUUUUUCAUUUGUGGAUGUCUGUUUUCAAUAUGUUACCUGAUGUGGUCUUGAACACCACUUCAUUUUUCAGUAGGUGUGUCUAACAGAACCAAUAGCCUAUACCAGCUUAAUGCAUACAAACAUCUUGAAUGAGAAACCUGAAAAAUUUAAAUAGGAACUGUUGUUUAUUGGGAAUAACAUGAUUAAUGACCUUUUUUUAAGCAAACAUUUGUUUUUGUAGAUUAACAGUUAAUCACAUACAUCCCUGCACUGCCUGAAAUUGAUCCAAUGUUUUAUCAAGUCAAUUAAAGGAUAAAUGUUUUAAGCCAUUAAUUGCAUAGGCCUCAGGCCAAUGUCAGAUGCACUAUAAUGAAUAUUUUGUCUUCACUGGAGACCUUUAUGAUUGGCAACCUGUCUGUUCUCCAAAAUGACUUGUUUUAAGUGCACUGAGAGCACAGUGAUGUAUUUUGUGUUCUGUUAAAGGUUUUCUGUCUUUAGGUCAGUCAGUUGAGUGUCUUAUUUACCUGUGUGUUUAUUACACUAUGUUUUAUUUACCUGUGCGUUAUGCUGUGUACUGUAGGUCAGAUAUAAUUUCUGAAGAAUGCAGGGAAUGCGUUUUUUCUUCCACUUCCUUUAUGAAUCCUGCUAUUUAAUUAUAAAUCUUGAUAUUUAUGCUUAUUUAGACACUGUGAAAGAAAUUCUAUUUUUCUAUUUUGGUGGUACAUAGUCCUUUUAAUCAUGGCAUAUUACUUGUUUUACAGGGCUCUUUGUGUUUAGGAAUAAUAAGGAUUUUUUUUUUCCAUUGUUAGAUUUUGCUGUGUUGCUUUGUUGUGCCUUGUUGUUUAUGGUAGUGGUGGAGUCUUUAAGUAUCUGUUCAUUGUUUCUCUGAAAUGCAUUUCAAAUCAAGUCUUCCUGUAGUGCAGUAUUUUUUGCGGUAAUAGGCAGAGUUUGCACCGUAAGUACAACAGAAUCUAUGCAAAAGAACGAUUAUGUCAGGCGUCUUCUGAAGUUGGGUACUGAUAUGAACGUGUGGGAAAAUAAAAUCUUUAUUUGUUUAAAUAGUUGUUUUCUGGGUGUGACAUUGGUUUUCUUGUGUUUAAGGCUGCUUAAGCUUGGAAUGUCCUUAAAAGGGCAUUAAUUCAUGGUAUUUUUUAACUCAACCACUAGAGGGCACUUUCCAGUGGGUGAUAUUUAAAAUGCCCUGUUUGAUUCUGAUCAAGUUGCAUGGAUAUAUAGUUUGAUAGAAAGGUGGCUGUUGUAGUUUUACUGUGUAAUAUGUUGAAGGUGGGGUUCAGCCAGAAUGUGUCCUAGCUUAUGUUUAUUUUGUGGUUCCUUUAAUAAAAUGAACUUGAAACUC